GAGCUCUGCGUCGUUCAUUGCGCUACCAUCAAAUAGCUUUAGGAACCGUGCGUUAGGAUGCUGAGCCAGACACCUCUGUAUCAUCUGUAUCAUCUGUCUCCUCAGCACCACACGUCCCACUCGGAUGGACACACUGACAGAGAUAUAAAUGGAGGUUCAGGGGUGUCACAUGAAGGAACUGGACGUCUAUACAACAUUAAAUGGCUUUGCAUUAAAAAGCAAAACCUUAUCGCUUCUCCCGAGAGUAAUCCAUCUCUGAGGAUGAGUGUCCAGCGGCCCUGGAGCAGCAGAGGGCGGCCUCUCCCAGCCAUGGAGCUACAAUAGAAAACAACCUUCCUAGUAAACAUCAAAUGCACUCAAAGCCCAUCUAGAUGCUGCAUAAUGCCUUCCAAGGUCUCGUGUUUGUACCUUCUGACGGUGGUCUGCUGGGCGAGUGCUCUGUGGUAUCUGAGCAUCUCGCGCCCGUCCUCCACCUACGUGGGCCAGAUGCACAUCCCAAUCCGCAAGGCCCCGAAGCCGCCCAGGAACGAGACCUUCAGCAACAUCCACACACGGCCCCUCAACCCCCACGCCUUCCGCUUCGUCAUCAAUGAGCCAAAGAAGUGCGAGGAGGUUCCCCCCUUCCUGGUGAUCCUCAUCAGCACCACCCACAAGGAGUUUGACGCCCGGCAGGCCAUCCGGGAGACCUGGGGCGACGAGGGCUCCUUCGGCGACGUCCGCAUCGUCACGCUCUUCCUGCUGGGCAGGAACACUGACGCUAUCCUGAACCAGAUGGUGGAGCAGGAGAGCCAGAUCUUCCACGACAUCGUGGUGGAGGACUUCGUGGACUCAUACCACAACCUGACGCUGAAGACCAUGAUGGGCAUGCGCUGGGUGUCCACCUACUGCCCCAAGGCCCAGUACAUCCUGAAGACAGACAGCGACAUCUUCGUCAACAUGGACAACCUGAUCUACAAGCUCCUCAAGCCCACCACCAAGCCCCGGCGGAGGUACUUCACAGGCUACGUCAUCAACGGGGGUCCGAUCCGGGACAUGCGCAGUAAGUGGUACAUGCCCAGGGACCUGUACCCAGACAGCAAGUACCCGCCCUUCUGCUCGGGCACGGGCUACGUGUUCUCGGCGGACGUGGCCGAACUUAUCUUCAAGACUUCGCUGCACACCAGGCUGAUCCACCUGGAGGACGUGUACGUUGGCCUGUGUCUGCGCAAGCUGGGCGUCCAUCCGUACCAGAACAGUGGCUUCAACCACUGGAAGAUGGCGUACAGUCUGUGCCGGUACCGUCGCGUCUUCACCGUCCACCAGAUCUCCCCGGAGGAGAUGCACCGCAUCUGGAAUGACAUGUCAAGCAAGAAGCACCUGCGAUGUUAGGCUUAUCUCCAAGGAGCUCCUGAGAAGUUAGCAUUAGCUCAAAGGAGUGCCUGAGAUGUUGGCAUUAGCUCAAAGGAGCGCCUGAGAUGUUAGCAUUAGCUCAAAGGAGCGCCUGAGAUGUUAGCAUUAGCUCAAAGGAGCGCCUGAGAUGUUGGCAUUAGCUCCAAAGGGCGCCUGGGUAAAUUAUUUCCAGGGGGAAAACGGAAGGCCCUAUACCAUUUUUUCCUUCUUGCCUUUGUUCUCUUCAGUUUGAAUGUGUCUGGUUCUGCUCAAUGUGGUGGAACAGGAGAUAACGUGGAGCUACUCCAGGCUCCUACGUAUGUCAACCGGUUUGUAUCUGCGUCGAUCUGAGCGUCUGUCGAAUGAUUCAACCCAACGGUCCUUAAAGACAUUCGCCUUGUCACACACGUGCUCAUGCAUUGAAAUGUCUUAUUGCUAGUCCUUUGUAAUUGGUGCGGCUUUUACUUUAUUCAAAUGGGUUGAGGCCAAUUUAUCUUGUUUAACUUGAUUAUGCUGAUGACAUACAUUGUUACAUUCACAAAAAUAACAGCUGUUUUAAUUUAUUCAUUCAAGACUGAGAAAAGCAAACAUUUUCCAUACACUAAAUAUAACUUCGGGAAGGACGACAUAAUGUGCUUCCUAAUCUGCCUCAUUCAUUAGACUGUAGGAGGGCUCUGUGAUUUACUGAUGUCAUUCAUUAGACCACAGCUGUAAGAGGGCUCUGUGAUGUGCUGAUGUCAUUCAUUUAUUCUGUUUGAUACGUGAGAUGGAAAGUCUCCAGCAGGGAUGAAGUGAACCCUUUCCAUCAGCGGUUGCUGAAUCCUCAUGCAUGCUGCCCUUAAGGGAGUCGCUGUUCUCUGGUAACAUGCUGCCCUUAAGGGAGUCGCUGUUCUCUGUUAACAUGCUGCCCUUAAGGGAGUCGCUGUUCUCUGGUAACAUGCUGCCCUUAAGGGAGUCGCUGUUCUCUGUUAACAUGCUGCCCUUAAGGGAGUCGCUGUUCUCUGGUAACAUGCUGCCCUUAAGGGAGUCGCUGUUCUCUGUUAACAUGCUGCCCUUAAGGGAGUCGCUGUUCUCUGGUAACAUGCUGCCCUUAAGGGAGUCGCUGUUCUCUGGUAACAUGCUGCCCUUAAGGGAGUCGCUGUUCUCUGUUAACAUGCUGCCCUUGUUUAAGGAGUCGCUGUUCAUUACUUCUCAGUUUCUACAUGCAUUUAUUUUAUGGGCACAAUAGUAUGUUAUGUUAUGUCUGUAUAAUGGGCAAGCUACUGGUUGAUAAACAUACAGUUGGUAAUCUUCAGCCUCAUAUAAAAGUACAAACACUGCAUCAUAUCGUGGUAAGUACAUUAGAAUGGUACCAGACCAUUCUUCUACUGCUUAAGAUUGAGGAACUAUUCUUCUCAUCCCAGACUGUAUAUCCGGUGUGACACUCAUUGGAAGCACUAUUGAAAUAAUGGACACUUUUCUAACAACAAAACUGGCAUUGACUUCCAAAUUUUCUUUUAUAAGUUCCUCUUCAAAGUCUUCAAAGCUCUUUUACUGUGAAGCAGAAUCCUUUGCAAAGGUCCGCUGUUGUAGAUUGUAUGUUUUUUAUAUUAAAAAACACUUUCUUUUA